CGUGUCGGGAUGUGAUGAGUUUUCCGUUUCUUUUGAAAAAUACAAAGAGACACUCAGUGCAACGAUAAGUUGUUAUCCCCCACACGCGUUGGGCCCCUCCAGUCCCACGUCAAUGAACAACGGUGUGUGUGUAUGUGUGAAAGUUUAACAGUGUUGGUGUAGAGUACGUUUAAGCAUUUUUUAUACCUCGAAGGCACUCGGUACCAAAUGCUCGAGACAGCACUACGAGCGUCCACUUUUUAGUCUGAUUAUAGCUGUUUAGAUGCACGAAAUUAAUGAAAAUAUUUUUGCUCAAACAGUUAGAUUAAUUAACGGUGUUGGGGUGGUCGAGGGUUUGAGGUUAGAUGAGGUGGCAUAGGUGAUUGUGACAAUGGUGUGGAAAGAAUCCAGCCAGUAUCUAGCCGUGGCUAUAUACAACUAUCGGCAAGAUGGUCCACACCGGCUGCAGCUUCUGGUGGGUGAUGUUGUACAGAUACUGGAAGAAACUGAUGAUUGGUACUACGGUUGUGCAAAGUACAAGGGAGCCAGGGGGAUAUUCCCCAAGUCCUAUGCACACAUUCUUCCUCAAUCGAGUAACAUGGAAGCCCUAAUGCACGAGAUAACGAGUGUAUUGAGGGAAUGGGGUCACCACUGGAAACAUUUAUACGUGACGAACUCCGAGAACUUCAAGCUGGUCCGCCAGCAGAUGCUGGAGCUCCUCGACAACAGAUCAAAAAUUCUGAGUGGCACCCUGACUGUAGAUGAGCUGAAAGACAUGAAACGCUUGGCAACCGCUCGAAUCGACACGGGAAACCAACUUCUCGGUCUCGACAUGGUGGUCCGCGACGAUCACGGUGAUAUCCUACACCCAGAAGACACCAGUACAAUCCAGCUCUACUACCAUCACAAAACAGCUGCCGAGAGAAUCCGUAGAGCCGCCACUGAUACUAAAAAAAAAUUGACGAAGCUCCAGGUCCCUGUUUACUCCCAUAUCUUCUUCGUCAGUGUCCGAAACUUCGUCUGCAAGAUGUCUGAGGAUGUGGAGCUCCUCCUGACACUCUACGACGGCCGGGAGUGCCGUGCAAUCACCGAGAACUACGUAGUCUCUUGGAGCAAGGAGGGCUUGGCUAGAGACAUCGAUCAACUCCACAAUCUUCGAGUGCUCUUCACAGAUCUUGGCUCGAGGGACCUCUCCAGGGACAAAGUCUACCUCGUCUGCUACGUUAUCCGAGUCGGUGGGAUGGAGGCGAAGGAGAUAGAUCACAGGAGAUCAUCAAUCGUUCAGCAAACAAAUCAUAAGAAUAAAUCCAGUGUUGACAACAUGAGAAGACCCUUUGGAGUCGCUGCCAUGGAUAUAACUCUUUACAUAACAGGAAAACUUGAGGGUGAUGUUGAACACCAUCACUUCAUUCCGUUCGUCCACUGUGAAAAAGAAAGUCUAGACGGCACCCUUCGUCGAAUCCUAGCACAAAAAGAAACUGGGACCCUGAAGAGCUCCUCUACUGGUGGCAAUGGAGUUCCAGUGGGAGGGCAAGGGCUUUGGGCAAGCCUCAAACUCCUCAGAGGUGACACCAAACAAGUUCGCGACGAGUAUCCCCACUUGGUGUUGGGUAACGUAGCCAUAGCCAGAAAGAUGGGUUUCCCUGAGGUGAUCCUCCCUGGUGACGUCAGAAACGAUCUCUACCUCACCCUCGUCUCCGGGGAAUUCAGCAAAGGCUCAAAAUCUACAGAUAAAAAUGUGGAGGUAACGGUGAAGGUCUGCAAUGACCAGGGCCUUCCCAUUCCUGGUGUGAUGACUCUCGGUGGAGGUGCUCCCUCGAUAAAUGAGUAUCACAGUGUCAUAUAUUAUCACGAGGAUAAGCCACGCUGGUGUGAGACCUUCAAGAUAGCCGUACCUAUAGAGGAAUUCAAACAAGCUCACUUGAAAUUCACAUUCAAGCAUCGCAGUUCUAACGAGGCCAAGGACAAAUCGGAAAAGCCAUUUGCGUUGAGUUACGUGCGUCUUAUGCAGCGUAAUGGAACGACCCUGCAAGACACACAGCAUGAAUUGCUAGUAUACAAGAUAGAUAAUAAGAAGUACGAGGAGAAUGACAUAUCGUACUUUAAGCUGCCAUCAACUCGCGCCGAAUUAGUUGAAUUAAGUACUGAGAAGAAGCCAGGAAUUGGGUCCCUGAGUCUUUCCUCCAAGGACAGUUUUUCGCUGUCGAGUAAUGUCUGCUCCACGAAGUUGACCCAGAACGUUGAUCUGCUGGGUCUUCUCAACUGGUCCAGCAAACCCACGGACCUCAAGGAGUCUUUGGCGGCGUUGAUGAAGGUCGGAGGAGAGGAAGUUGUUAAGUUCCUGCAGGAUGUGCUUGAUGCCCUGUUUAAUAUUCUUAUGAGCAACUCUGACUGUGAUUAUUACGAUGAUAUGGUGUUCGAGUGUAUUUUGUAUAUCAUUGGUCUUGUUUCGGACCGAAAGUAUCAGCACUUUCAACCCGUUUUGAAUCUGUAUAUAUCGGAGAGCUUUUCGGCUACUCUGGCGUACAUAAAGUUGAUUGCUGUGCUGAGGAAGAGGAUCGAUGGGGCCAGCUCUCAGUCUAAUGACGGACAAGGAAUGGAGAGGGAUAUUUUGCUGAAGACUAUGAAGAGUCUGCAGUAUUGUAUGAGAUUUAUUGUGAGAUCGAGAAUGUUGUUUACUGAGCUGGGACAGAAUGAAGAGGAAUUCUCACAGACUUUAACUGAUUUGUUGAAGUCCAUCGUCGAUCUUAUGAGACACGAGACAGAUGCGACACUCCUGGUGCAGGGGGCUUGUUUGAAGUUCUUUCCCACGACUAUUCCCCAUUUGUUACUUGUGUACAGUGGCAAACAAUUGAGUGUCAUCCUGACAGAGUUAGUUACGACGCUACCACCUGGGAGGCUGACUAAACAAAAGAUGAUGACUGUUAAUGAUAUUGUUCAUAGUCCCCUCUUUCUGAAUGUUGAUUGCCGAGGAAUUCUUCUCCCCAAGAUCACGGUUCUUGUCAGGGAUCUGCUCGCCGCCAAGGAGGAGGGACUGUCAAGUACGCCUGGAAAAAGUGUGGCUAAGGUAGCUAGACUCCUUGGUGAGAAUCGGCAUCGACUGAAUCAACAUCGAGGCUAUUCUGAGGAGGUAGAGUUGUGCGUCAAGAUAUUAUCGGAUAUUCUCGAACUCACAUUCAGGAAGGACGUGGGAUCCACUAUCUCAGAUGUCAAGGAAAUCAUGAUGACGGCAUUGAGGACGGUUAUACAAACUGUUAUUCCCAUGGAUAGGGAGAAUCCAUUGGUGGGAAAUUUAGUGUCUGUGAUGCUUUCGAUAUUCAGACAAAUGACUCCACAUCACUACGAGAUCUACACUAAUCACUUCGCAACGCCAUUCGAUCUUCUGGACUUUCUAAUGGAGAUUCUUCAAGUCUUCAAGGACCUAGUUUCAACCCCUGUCUUUCCUCCGGACUGGAGUGAGAUGAUAAUGUUGCAAAACAGCGUCAUCCUGAAAUGCCUUCGUUUCUUCUCCGGCACCAUCCGAGAUUACUAUUUCAAGAAUUUUGAGCAUCAAGCCUGGUCCAACUUCUUUCACUGUGCAAUAGCCUUUCUGACUCAGUCCCCCCUCCAACUUGAGAACUUCACCCCCUCAAAACGCAACCGCAUCGUGUCCCGCUAUAACGACAUGCGUCGAGAGACGGCCUUUGAGAUUCGCUCAAUGUGGUUCAACCUGGGUCUCCACAAGAUCCUCUUCGUUCCCGGUCUCGUCGGUCCUAUCCUCGAGAUGACUCUCAUUCCCGAAUCAGAGCUUCGAAAAGCCACAAUUCCCAUCUUCUUCGAUAUGAUGCAGUGCGAAUUUUAUACUUCUCGUAUCACUGAGGGCUAUGGAGACACAAAACGCGAGCCAAAACACAUGAGGGGUAAUUUCAACGACUACGAGAACGAGAUGAUUGCUCAGUUGGAUAUACUGGUAGAGGGUGGAAGGGGUGACGAGCGGUUCUGCUCGCUAUGGAAUAAAGUCAUGAGUGAACUGUGCGAGGGUCACGCACAGUUGAGAGACCAGGGACUCAGGUUCGUGGAGACGGUUGCGAAUCUCAUGGAUCGAUUGCUUCAAUAUCGAGACAUCAUUCAUUCCGAGUGUCAGGAGCACCGCAUGAUGUGCACAGUGAAUCUCUUGGAAUUUUACUCAGACAUUAAUCGCAAGGAGAUGUACAUCAGGUAUGUCAACAAGUUGUGUGAGCUUCACUUGGAGUGUGACAAUUACACAGAAGCGGCGUACACUCUGAGGCUCCAUUCCCAGCUGUUGGAUUGGAGUGAUCAGGCCCUUCCUCCUCUCCUCCGCUCGAGUCGGUAUCCAACCUGCAAUACACACAGAGAACUGAAGGAGGCACUCUACAACGAUAUGAUUGAUUACUUCGAUAAAGGAAAGAUGUGGGAAUGUGCACUGGGUGUGUGCAAAGAGCUCGUCGCCCAGUACGAAGAGGAGACGUAUGAUUAUCUUCAGUUGUCAGUCUUGCUGAUACGAAUGGCCAAAUUCUACGACGCAAUUGUCAAGCAAUUCAGGCCGGAGCCUGAAUACUUCAGGGUCGCCUACUACGGACGGGGACAUCCGCCGUUCUUGCAGAACAAGGUGUUCAUCUACAGGGGAAAAGAGUACGAGAAACUCUAUGAUUUCAGCUCGAGGACGUUGAGCCAGUUGGCGAAUGGUAAAAAAAUGAAUAGACUGUCUCCACCAACUGAUGAUAUCAUGCAGUCCAACAACCAAUAUGUGCAAAUUAAUAUGGUGGAACCGGUGAUGGAUGAGAAGAGACAUCGGCUCAGUGGAAAACCCGUCACUGCAGAAGCUGUUUUGAGGUAUCACAGAGUCAAUGAUGUUCAGAAAUUCAGAUUCUCUCGUCCAGCUCCCAGGAGAGACACCUUAUCGAUCCAGAGCCAGGGCAGUUUGGAGAAAGAAAAUUCAGAUGGAAGCAAUCGUGAUUCUAAAGCCAGUAGUAAUAGUAACAACGAGUUUGCUUCACUUUGGCUGGAGAGAACAGUAUUAUCCACGAGUCAUCCACUUCCCGGUGUGCUCAGGUGGUUUCCAGUCGUAUCUAGUGAUACGUAUUUCGUUAGUCCUCUGAGGAAUGCCAUAGAAACGAUGGAGGCUACCAAUACUGCACUCAGGGAUCUUAUUAUAGCGCACAAGUCAGAUCCGAGCCUUGCUUUGAAUCCCUUUAGCAUGAAGCUUAAUGGAAUUCUCGAUCCUGCAGUGAUGGGGGGCAUUGAUAAUUAUGAGAAAGCUUUUCUCAAUGAGGCGUAUAAGGAUACACAUCCGCAGGAGAGUGCGGAUUUACUCAAGUUGGAGAGCUUGAUUGCUGAACAAAUUCCCUUGCUCGGUGUGGGAGUCCAGCUGCAUAAAACGAGGGCUCCGGUGGAGCUUGCACCCUUUCAUCAGAGACUGGAGCAGUGCUUUGCAUCUAUGAAGACACAGGUGGAGGCUAAAUAUGGGAAAAGGACGUGUGAUCUGCAAAUUGAAGCUAUGACUCAGUCAGUAACCAUGAGAAAGCAUCCGCACAGAGGGGACUCCCAUAGGCUAUCAGACAGCACCAGCAUCAUAAGCACAUCUGAUUCCGGUGUGCGGUCCAGAGUAUCUUCCCUAACGAGAUCACAAGUUGCGACGCUCAAGUCAUUUGCAACAUUCAAUUUUAACAACAGUACAAAUAACGCGGGUGUACAAAACGUCACUCUAACCAGAAACAGUUCAGUGCGGUCUCACAUACUUUCCUCAACUUCCCUCCACAAAGCGCUGGGCGCAGCGGGUACAGGAACAAGUAAAAAAAAGGACUCGAAACGAAGGAACUCGAGGAAAUCAGAUGCAACGAUUGGUAAAGAUCUGAAGGAAUCGACAUCGCAAUGGUACACAACGCCAGAAGUGUCGACAAGCCCCCCAGUGACAUCCCCCAUUCUAUCAGCAUCAUCACCUGUGACAACACCCCCAGUAUUCGAGCUUCGACAGGAGCUCACCCCCUCUCGUCCCCUGCGCUCUGAAGUAGAGAAGGAGCGCAGGAUAAGCAGCAGAUGGUCCAGCCAAUCGCAGUCGUAUUAUCUGAGAAAUUUAAAUGGUCAGGACGAUAUCAGAAAGAAUAGAGACAGCGUGGGAACAACUGACAGUACCGCCUCUGAGGAUGAUCCCCCACCACCUCUGCCAUUGAAGAUGAGAGAAGCUGAUUAUUGCAGUCUCCCUCAGGAGAACUCGAUGCCCCCCUCGUGCGACAGCAACGACAACGACCCUGAGGAUUAUGAUCAGGGCUUCAUCGAGAGCCCCGUCAAGCCACCCACUCCACCCCCCAAACCUAAACGACCACUCAAGCAUAAAAUUAAGCAUGUUGAUGAGGAUAGUAUCAUGCAAGACUCAUCAACCGCCUGACAAUUAGAAUUAUUAAUGUUUUUGGAUAAAUUUUUAUGGGACAUUUAUUGCCAUUUGACACGUGUUUUUAUACGUAACUUUUACAUAACUUGAAAGUAAUCGUUCAUUAGGUAACGGCGAUGUGCCAUUACGUAUUAACAAUGUACUUUAUUUUUGUACAAUUGCCUUUCAUUGUUCUCUACGUGCUCUAAUCCGAGUUAUUCAGAGGGAAAAAAUUACCUUUUUUACUUGUCUUAUGCAGUUCCGUUAUUCUGAAUAUUAAAAAAAAUCAUUGUUACAUUUUUUUAAUAAUAAAUCUUUUCGUGGUACGUUUCUACUGUUGGUGAAAGCAUUUUUAAUAUGUGAAAGUAGAAUCUUUCAGCAUUUUCUUGUCAAUUUUCUAAUUAUCAAUAGAGAAUUCAGAUAUUGUUUUUGCUCAGAUUGUUAUCCACAUAUUUUGGAGGUUACGGAAAAUUCUGAGAGAAUUCGCGAAGAAUGAAAAGACAUUGAUUUAAUAAUACAUCAUAAUUUUUUCUCUCUGCAUACUAACGUCAUCUUUUAGAUGUAAAUAAUGAUGAUUAUUACCGUCCGGUGGUUAUUUGAUGUUACGCACAAGAGUAAAUAAUUCCGAUAUGAUAUUUUGAAUCGAAUGAACUUAAUGAUACAUGUCAAUGUGCUACGUGAUGAUGACAAUUGAACUUCUUUUCAAUAAUGAUGAAUGAACAUUAGAUGGAGUUAAGAAAACGCAAUACUGAGAUACUUUCAAGGCCUUUUAGUGGAAUAAAAUACGAAUGGUAGACCGUUGUACAUUGUUUCGAUUGGUGGUGACAUUGAUUUAUUAAUUUAUUAGACUAAUGACAACAUUAACUAUGAGUUUAUAAGCUCAAGCCAAAGAAUGCGUAAUGAUUUUACAGAGAAAAUUUAUAUGAUUAUAGAAUAAUUUUAUAUAACUUAUUUGCUAGAAAAAUUGGAUUGUUGUGGUAGAUAUUUCCAUUUUUGGAUUAACUGUAGUGCCAUUACCCUGAACAAACAUUAACUUUGAUUUCAUCAGUAGUGAAAAUGUUAUUGUAUUAUUGUAUUAUUUUUUGGGACCAAUUAAAUUUUAUAUGUUCAUUAA